AAGCAAUCCCUUACUAAGGGCCCACGUUGGCCCGCCCGGCCCGGAGGCCUGGUGCACGGCCACGGCGACCCCAGUCAGUGUGAGAUCCGAAAGACCGGCCGCCGCCGCCCACCGGGUCAUCGCCAUUCGCCACAAAGCCAUUUGAACCCCCCACGUCUCCUCGCCUCGUUCCCCAUUUGCUGCGUCUCCUUGCCCGCGCCGCCGCUCGCCGUUUGCCCCUCGUCUCCGCACCGCGCGCUGUUGCAAAAAUGACGGCUGGCUACAUUGUUGGCUCACUGGUCGGAUCCUUUGCCAUUGCAUACCUGUGUGACACAUUUAUCUCUGACAAGAAGGCAUUUGGAGGUAGCACCCCCAAGACUGUUUCUGAGAAGGAGUGGUGGCAAGCCACAGACACCAAGUUCCAGGCCUGGCCUCGCACUGCUGGGCCACCGGUUGUCAUGAACCCCAUCAGCCGCCAGAACUUCAUCGUCAAGUCCACUGAGUAGGUUUGGGCUGGAGAAGCUGGUUCUGCGACUUGGUGCCGCCAUGAAGCCAGAGUUCCUUUUCUAAGGUCUUAAUCAAUUGUAAUAAAACGAAAUACAGUCAGGAUUUUUUUGUGAUUUUUACUUGAUCUGUGAGCGAACACUGGGUCUUUCACCUUGUCAUCCAAUGGGUUCUGCUCCUUGGUGAAAUCUCCCACCAGCCAGUAAAGAACUGGGUUGUUUUCAUAAUAUAUGCUUUUGCUACGCAGCCUCUGCUGUUGUAAGGAAUUGCAUUGUUAUCUUAUAUCACUGUAUGGUGAUGUUUAACUAGUUUGUUGAUGUGCC